CUUCAUCGGAGCGUUAAUUCGAUGAUUACAAAGGCUAGCAGACGACUUAUUAGAAACAUUCCUGUUUGAUCAAGAGAGGGGCAUGGAUACAGAUUUGGAUAUCUUUCAUAAGUUCUGUGGCGGGGAAACAUUUUGGAAUGGUACAAAGUUUUUCCAAGCAGAGCCAGAGUUUUCAUUAUGUUUCAUGAACACAGUACUUGUUUGGAUACCAUGUGCUUUUAUUUGGAUUGCAGCACCUUUGUUUGUUCUCCGAAUAUCCUUAAGCAGAGCUUUGCAACCGCUUCCAUUUGCAAAACUAAACUUAGCGAAAGCGAUAUUUUCAGCCCUGGCAGCAGUAAUGAUAGGGUUACAACUUCGUGAGGUGCAUGUUUCAGGUGGAAAAUGUGUCGAAAUGACGAUCACACCGGCAAUGGAGACAUCUUGUCUUAUCAAGAUUGCCAGUUUUAUAUUAACCAUUAUGCUACAACAGUAUCAGCGGUACAAGGGUAUUAAAACAUCGGCAAUACCGUUUACAUUCUGGGCAUUACUUGUGAUGUCUGAGAUACCAGCCAUCUAUACAAAUAUAUAUAAACAGAAAUAUUUCUUCUGCCUGCUAGCCCUGGAACAUUACACUUAUUUCCUUCUAAUAAUUGUUCAACUAGUCCUACAUUGUUAUGCAGAGAAAAACAAGCGAACGCAGCAAGGUACAGAUAAGAAAUCCUGUCCUGAAGAAGAUGUGCCAUUUGUUAGUCACAUGACUUAUAGCUGGUUUUCACCAACCAUUAAGAAAAUAUAUGCGGGUACUUUUGACGUGAAGAAAUUCUGGGCCCUUCCGUCAAGACUUAAAAACGAAAGAGUGGCACCUCAGCUUGAAAGGGCUUGGAAUGAGGAAGUUAAUCACUGUGAAACAAAAAGACUGCUUACUGCUAAAAGGGGUAAAUAUCGUCAUAGAAAUGGAUAUGGGCUACUGGAUGGAGGCGACGGAAACGUUCUUCAUAGAAUGUACAUGGAAAGUUGGUUGACAUCAGAAGAUACCCCACUACUUUCAAACAGUUUCUCAAAGAAAACAAAACAAAGAAAGAGAAGAAAUGACGAGGACAAGCGUUGUUUAAAACCGAACUUAUACAAAGCUUUGAUAAAGGUUUUCUUAAAAUACUGGAUUGAAGCCGUCUCCUUCUUAAUACUAGGUCAAAUAGCAUGGUACAUGAUUCCGUUGGUACUACAAUACCUUAUUCAAGUAAUUGACGAACGGGAUUCUGAUACGGGUUUCCCGAUUCCGAUGUGGAUAGCAUAUUUUUGCUGCGUGGCUAUUCUAAUAUUCACCUUUGCCAACCUGUUCUUUCACCACACAUCUUUCACACACAUGCUAGAGCUUGGACUUAAUGUUAAAACAGCAUUGAUGGCUCUUGUGUAUCGAAAGGUAGCCCUUAGUUUAGCUAAGCUUUACUCUUAG